UUCACUCGCGCGCGGCUCGCGCCAUUUAUUUAAAGAAUUUGGAGUAGUAAGGACGUAACAAAUGAUUAAUGUUCUUUUGUAUUCAGUGCAGUGUAAAAACAUAUUUAAUUAAAGUUUAAUAACGCAUAAAAUUAAAUGUAAUAUUCAUAAUUUGAUUAAGUAUGGUUUUCGAACAAUGCGAAAUCAAUAUGGCGCAUGUUGAUAUGACAAAUUGACAGCAUUGUUUUGUCUUUGUAAGAAGUUGUAAUGAUUCUUUUACAUAUCCAAUUAAAGAACAAUAAAAUUUAACAAUGACGAGACCGUUCGGUAAUAGUGACAAACGAUUUUCAAUCGACGACGCUUUCGAGGAGGAGACGGACGAAGCUAUAAAAGUGUAUGGUGCGACGGGCGAUAGAUCUCCGUUGCAGCAUAAUAAAUAUAAGAAUGGAAGUGAAUAUUUGUCCAGUAGUAAAACAUACAAAUGCACAGACGACACAACCUCUCGGGACUCAGACUCUCUCAUCCACGAGUACGUAGAAGCCACACAAGCGACAUACUGCUGGAACCAUCCAAAAGUCAGAGAGAACUGGAAGACGGUGUGCGCAGCGGUCAUCCUACUUGUAGUUGGUAUCGGACUACUGGGGAUGGGUGCAUUCGCUGUGGCUGAACCGGAGAACGGAUUACAGGGAGCAGUUUUCUUUGUAGCUGGUAUGAUUUGCUUCGUCCCGGGCGCCUACCACGUCGUGUACAUCUGGCUAGCGGCGCGCGGGCAGCGUGGCUACGACUUCUACCACCUACCGCUCUUCACCUGAUCGCCUUGCGUAAGCCUUCGACUUAUCACUGUUACAGGCCCGCUCUGUAGUGUUCAGAAUUGUUGUUUUUUGAUUAGCUAGAGUGAAUAGAGUGUUUCUGGAGUUUAAAAACUCUAUAACAGCACAGUAUAAUAAAUAGUACUAUCGUACAGUAUGGCCACUCCCCGCUGAAAGUGGCGCCCACCCGCUCUCGGUUACCUACAGUUACCGUCUGUCAAAAAAACGCGACCAGUCGACUUUUCAUAUCUCACUCAUACAAGAAUGGUACGAGUUCACUUACAUGACCUUAAACUGUGUGCAUAGAAACGCGCCUCUUUCAUAUAUUUAAUCGCCGUUGUCCGAGGUGAGAUUGAGCAUUUUUUUUUUUUCGCCACUUUUAUGAAAUGUGAUAUUUUUGAAAACAUUUAUGGUAUUU